GUUUAUGAUUUCUGAUUUCGUUUUGUGGAUUGAAUUUUGAAGAUGCAAAAUCCAGAGGCCAGGAGAGGAUUAAGAACAACCGGCCAACUUAGGAGCAGAGUAGAAGAACUUAAAAGCCCCUGGAGACAAAGUUCACCGUUUGUCCUAAAUUAUAACGAAUCCGCUCGCCUUGCCACCGAUGCCCUGCUGGAACAUGGAGAACAGGGGUACCUCCAGGUGCUGAGUGAGGAGAAGGAGCUCCCUUUCCUAUCCAGCUUGGACAUUGAUUUUAUUUGCAGAAGUGCAAAUGUUAAUGGAGCGUCUGAUGACUCCGUCUUGGAUGGCGAUGGAACCAACACCUCCUUUAGUGACAAUUGUCCUUCUGAGCUAACAUCUGGAACUUACUUUCCUGUGAUGUCAGAUGUUGAUGCCCCAGCACUUGAGCUGGGGUGGCCCGAGCUGCCGCUGGCCACUAGAACCAAAGGCACAGAGGUGCAAGUUAUUUUCCAAAGGCAUAGAUCCAACGUUAUCAAAGAUUUGAUACGGUCGCUGAUAAAUAAAGCAAAGACGGUUAUUGCAGUGGUGAUGGAUUUGUUCACAGAUGUGGAGAUUUUAUGCGAUCUUAUCGAAGCAGCCACCAAAAGACGAGUCCCAGUUUACCUUUUACUCGAUGAAAUAAACAUUAUCUAUUUUAUAGAAAUGUAUGAAAAGUUGGGCUUCAACAAAAUUCACGUUUCGAACAUGAAAAUCCGUACGAUGACUGGCGAUACUUACUGCACUAAAUCGGGAAAGAAAUUCUCUGGCCAGCUUCUGGAGAAGUUUAUUAUCAUUGAUUGUGAACAUGUUAUUGCCGGGGCAUACAGUUUCAGCUGGCUUUCAAGCCACGUCCACAGCAACAUGGUGACCUACUUCAAAGGAAAUAUAGUUGAAGUCUUCGACAGAGAAUUCCGAUGUUUAUACGCAGAUUCCCUGGAAGCCGAUUACUUUACCUGCAUAGAGAAUGAAAACCCCAAGGCAGCUGGAAAUAGAAUCUUACGGAACCGGUGGGCUGUCAAGAAAUCUCCCCCAAUACCUAAACGAGGUCCUGAGAUCUCCGUUGAAUCGAAUUCUAAUUCUGGCAGUCAGUCGAGUGUAAAGACUCCACCUUUCUCUAACAACCAAGCAGUAACCAUCAUCUACGACGAUAAAACGCAUGGAAAUAAUUAUGGCCGAAAAUUUAGUGAACAGCAAGAUGUGGAUAUUUUGAACGAAGCGCGUCGCCAGUCAGAUCCGAACACUGAGAGGAAUAACCUACUGGCAAUGCAGAAAUUACUCUUAUCAAAGUCAACUCCAAUCCUUAACGACAAAAGCCUCACAACGACAUCUUCUCCACUGACUCCCAAGUUUGGGGCUCUACAGAAAAAACCUCUGCAGGCGGAAAAUAAAACCUCACCGAAAAUGAAAAGUGACUUAGCGCUAAAUAAAAUCUGCGAAUCCCAACAUAAAAAAAGCGACCCAGCCAAUGCUAAAAACAAGGAGGAUCCCAUGAAGAACAAACGAAUGACUCUAGGACACAGCAAGCUAGACCUCAUUACAAAGUACAAACCAGAAAAAAUUUAUAGCAGAUUUGAUUUAGUACGUAAAUAAAUCUACGAUGGACAAAGGCAGCUCUGCCUCAGAACUAGAGGGGACUUACAGAAAAUCUACCAAAGAUGGG